GCCCCCCUCUCCGGCCAUGUUGAAGCUUUUCCUGCUCAACACUGGAUUCACAGGCUUCUCCUCACUCGACCCAUGCAGCAUGCAUGUUGCUCUUACUUUUCUCUAACGCGUUAAGGGGAAAAGUGAUUAAAUCUCUGUCGUGCGUCCAGAGCGGCUCGUCAUACUUGUAUGAAACAGGUGAAUCCGUCUUCGUUGUUUUCGGAAUCCCUGACUCAGCGCUGCCGCACGUCAACAACAGUUUGGGAACAGAGUUAGCAGUUGUGGCUAACUUCAGCCACACAGUCACAUUAUCGCAAGGUAGUCUCAUGUUGACGGCCAGUCGGUCCUGGUCAGUCAGUAAGGACAGAGCAGGCUGAGCCACUGAUGUGUACAGCAGCCUGACCUUUCCACAGUUGGACAUUUUCUUCCCUCACUGCAGCCUAGGAUGCACUAUGCGGCUACUGCCUCUCUGUCCUUUGGCUCUCUGGGCCUGCUGCGGCUCUUCGGGGCUUCGUGGCCCUGGAGCCUGGCGGCCGGACUAGGGGUCUACCUGGGAACCGGAGGCUGGAGGUACUUUUACGUUGCAGUUCGCACUGCCAAGAGGGAUCUCAAUGGUCUAUAUGUGCUUUUGAGGGUGAAGCUGUGGAUCUGGCGCUACAUGCGUAAUGGCAGUACAGUACCCUCCAUCUUUGCCCAGACUGUGAAACACCACCCAAAUAAGCCUGCACUUGUGUAUGAGGCAACCGGGGAAACAUGGACCUUCUCCCAGUUGGACCAGCUGUGCAAUGCUGUAGCACACUGGGCUCUGAGCCAGGGCUGGACCUCAGGGGAUGUCGUUGCUCUGUUCAUGGAGAGCAGGCCACUGCAGGUGGCUCUCUGGCUGGGCCUUGCCAAAGUCGGCGUGGAGGCUGCGCUGAUUAACUUCAACCUUAGGCGUGACUCGCUCCUGCACUGUUUGGGAGUCUCAGGCGCCCGGGGGCUUGUUUUUGCAGUUGAGCUGGCUGAUGCUGUGUCUGAAGUGAGCUCCUCUCUUGCUCCAUCUGCGAUAUUGUUCUACACUGGUGACCUGACACCUGAUCAGGUAGAUGCCCUCAAUGCUAAACCCUUGGACUCCAUAUUGGCUUCCUCCCCACGUCAUCCUCCUCCUUAUACCCAGUCCAAGGGCUUUAAUGACCGUUUGUUCUAUAUCUACACAUCUGGCACAACUGGACUCCCCAAAGCUGCUAUUGUGGUGCACAGCCGGUAUUAUAGAAUUGCAGCUUUUGGAUAUUAUUCUUUUCGCAUGAGGCCAGAUGAUGUCAUCUAUGACUGCUUGCCACUCUACCAUUCAGCAGGUAACAUAAUGGGUGUUGGUCAGUGUGUAAUCCAUGGGCUGACUGUAGUGGUGAAGAAAAAGUUUUCAGCUAGUCGGUUCUGGGAGGACUGCAUCAGACACAACUGCACUGUAGUGCAGUACAUAGGGGAGAUCUGCCGCUACCUGCUCUCCCAGCCGGUGCGUCCAUCAGAGCGGGGACACCGUGUGCGACUGGCCGUGGGGAAUGGACUUCGUCCCAGCGUAUGGGAGGCUUUUAUGGAACGCUUUGGGAUCAAACAGAUUGGCGAGUUCUAUGGAGCCACAGAGUGUAACUGUAGCAUCGCCAAUAUGGAUGGAAAGGUGGGAGCCUGUGGCUUUAACAGCCGGAUUCUGCCGAAUGUCUACCCCAUCCGGCUGGUGAAAGUAGAUGAGGAUACUAUGGAGCUGGUGCGAAACAAAGAAGGACUUUGUGUUCCAUGCCGACCAGGGGAGCCAGGGCUCCUGGUCGGUAAAAUCAACCAGCAAGACCCACUGCGUCGCUUUGAUGGGUAUGCUAGUCAGGAUGCCACCAGGAAGAAGAUUGCUCAUAAUGUUUUUAAGAAAAAUGACUCUGCCUACCUGUCAGGGGAUGUUCUGGUGAUGGAUGAGCUUGGUUACAUGUACUUCCGUGACCGGAGUGGUGACACUUUCCGCUGGAAAGGAGAGAAUGUCUCCACUACUGAAGUGGAAGGCACACUGAGCAGCAUGCUGGGCCAGACUGAUGUGGCUGUAUAUGGUGUUGCAGUGCCAGGUGUUGAAGGAAAAGCUGGGAUGGCUGCCAUUGCAGACAUAGCAGGAGGCUUUAAUUGUGAAUCUUUUCUGAGAGAAAUUCAGAAGGCCCUGCCUCCGUAUGCCCGGCCAGUCUUUCUCCGCAUCUCCCCACAUGUAGACACAACAGGCACUUUUAAAAUACAGAAGACCAGGUUACAGAGGGAAGGAUACGACCCCCGUAUCACAACUGACCAGAUCUACAUUCUUAACUCUAGAGCAGGACGUUAUGAGCUUGUUAAUGAGGAAGUGUAUAAUGCCUUAGUGGACGGUAGAAUACCUCUUUGAGAAAAUGAAGAGCAGGUAAGGUGUGGUACUUCAGGGAUCAGUUACAGAAAUGCAAAAGACCAUGCUGUGAUUUGUACUGUUAUUAUGUAGGCAGCCAAUGUUUAGCACUGUUGAAACGAAUAGCACUACAUUUGAAAGUUUUUAAUACGCUAUAUUACUGAGUGCUGUACUUGUGCACAAAAUGCACAGUAGAUUUAAAGAGUGCUCUGAAUGGGAAUUCUGUUACCAGGAAAAGCUCUUUGUUGUGCAGGAUUUCUUUCAGAAAGGCCUAAUACGCUAACAGAUGCACAAAGACAAGCUGUGCCUGCUAGAAAAUAUUCCUGACUCUGCAGAACAUAAAAAGUAUUCCUUUAUUGUUUGGAUGUUUGUGUAUAUGAAGAGAAUUACUCACAAAAAUACCAGUAUUCUCUAUUUCCCUACCCUAUUGUCCUGUAAAUAACAGGACACCACACACUUUUUUUUUUUUUUUUUUUUUUUAAGCAGUACCUGACAACUUUAUAUUUUACCCUAUUGAAACUUUGCCCUGUGUGUGUUGCCAAACACUAAUGUUAAUGUCUUCAUCAUUAAUUCUCAACACUGACUGCUUUUAAACUUUAUCUUCAAGUGGUUUCAGGUGUAUAUUUCUAUACACAUCUAAUACAGGGUGCCUUAAGUCGCAUCUCCCCAGUUUAUAGUCCAGUUUGAAAUGAUUGGUACAUCCAGUUCAAGGCCUGCAAAAGGAUUGUAACAGAAUGGACAAUUUACAGUGGACAUAAAUUUAAUCCAAGUAAUCAUAUUUCUAUACACAUCUAAUACCAAGUGCCUUAAGUCUAAUCUUCCCACUUUAAGGAGUUCACUUUGAUAUAAUGGGUAUAUCCAGUUCAAGGCCUGCAAGAAGAUUUGUAACAGAAUGGACAGUUUACUGUGGACUCAAAUUUUAAUCCAAUGUAAUCAUUUAGAUCAGUAUGAAAGCUGACACUGGCUUCUCCUCUUAACGUGUGAAUGAUCAAGCUAAAAUAAAUGUUUUUGAAACUUUUUUUUCCAUUCUUGAUUUUAUAACAAAAGUCUCUCAAACAGAAGGUGUUUAACUGUAUUUAGUUCUGUAACUUUAGUGUCAGGUUCUACAUUGCAUCAAACCACUGUACAUUACUACUGUUUUACUAUAAUUCAGAAUUAUUCAGUUUUUGAAGGAAUAAUUUGGUAAGAGAGACAAAUUAUAACAAUUUUCCACGAUCCCCAAUAGUAGGAGAUUAUCAUGUUUGAUUACCAGAUUUUGGUUCUUUCAUGUAGGACUGGAGCUUUGAGCCUAACAUUGCUAAUAAACACUUAAGUCAGCAGUGA